AUGUCCAGUUCCGUGCCGACGGGCCAGGAACCUCUCUUGCCUUCCUCCCCUCAUCUGGCUCCUACGCUGAUCCUCAGAAUCGAAACCCUCACCAUGACCUCAAAGCCCGUCGCCAUUGUCGUCGGCGCCUCCCGCGGCAUCGGCAGACAAAUCGCCAUUGAUCUCGCCAAAGACGGGUACGCAGUCGUCGUGGCCGCCAAGACGACGAGCGACGCCUCGACAGCCUCCCCCUUCCCCCCCAACCCCAACUCGCCAGCGUCGACCAUCAACACGGUCGAGCGCGAGAUACGGCAAGCCGGCCACGAAGCCACAGCCAUCGCCGUCGACGUCCGCGACCCGGCCAGCAUCCAGCGCCUCGUUGACCGCGCCCUCGAAACCUACGGCGCCCUCUCGCUGCUCGUCUACAACUCGGGCGCCGCCUGGUGGGCCCCCGUCGCCUCGUCGCCCUUCAAGCGCUUCCGCCUGCUGCAGCAGGUCAACCCCGAGGGCCUCUACGCCUCGGUCCAGUCGGCCCUGCCCCACCUCACCCGCACCGCCGGCCGCAUCGUCGUCGUGAGCCCGCCCAUCUACAGCCGCUUCUUCCGCGGCAAGACGGCCUACGCCAUGGGCAAGGUCGGCAUGAGCGUGCUGACCAAGGGGCUCGCCAUGGAUUUCGUGCGCGAGGGGCGGGGCAUGGCCAUUACGAGCCUCUGGCCCGCCGUUGUGAGUUCUACCCGGAUAAUGUCCUUUUUUUCCUUUUUCUUUCCUUUUUUUCCCUUUUUUUUCCCUUUCCCCCCCCUUUUUUCCUUUUUUUCUUCUUUGGUCGGGGGGACCCUACUGACGGGUGGAACAGGGCAUCGAGUCGGCGGCCACGGAAAAGUUUACCGCGGCGGAUCCCGAGGAGGCCAAGGACCUGCGCAAGGCGACCAUCUUCUCGGACGCCGUGCUCGCCAUUCUCAAGGCCCCCGCUGA